AGCAGGUUACCAAGGUAACAGUGGGACGACUCCACUUCAGUGAGACCACAGCCAAUAACAUGAGGAAGAAAGGCAAACCGAACCCUGAUCAGAGGUACUUCAUGUUGGUGGUAGCGUUGCAGGCCCAGGCCCAGACCCAGACCCACAGUCAGAGCUUCACGGUGGCCGCGCAGGUGUCCGAGAGGAUCAUCGUCAGGGCGUCUAACCCGGGUCAGUUUGAGAGUGACAGUGAGGUGUUGUGGCAGCGUGGCCAGCUACCUGACUCAGUGUACCACCACGGCCGGGUCGGUAUCAACACAGACCGACCAGACGAGGCCAUGGUAAUCCACGGUAACCUGAAGGUCAUGGGGUCACUGGUACACCCGUCCGAUAUACGGGCUAAAGAGAACGUCCACGAGGUAAACACUACAGACAACCUGAAGCGGAUCAGUCAGAUGAGGCUGGUUCAUUAUCAGUACAAGCCUGAGUUUGCUUCCAGCAUGGGCAUCGACUCCAGCCCAGAGACUGGAGUGAUUGCUCAGGACGUGCAGCAGAUUCUGCCUGAAGCCGUGAAGGAGGGAGGAGACGUCAUCUGUUCCAAUGGAGAGACCAUCCCUAAACUUCUGGUGGUCAACAAGGACCGUAUCUUCAUGGAGAACGUCGGUGCAGUGAAGGAGCUGUGUAAACUGACUGACAACCUGGAGACUCGUAUAGAUGAGCUGGAGCGCUGGAGCAGGAAGCUGGCCAAACUCCGCCGUCUGGACAGCAUGAAGAGUACAGUCAGCGGAGGCACCACCAGCCAAUCAGGGAGCCAGUUCAGCAGGACAGGAAGUGGUCCCCUGAAGAGGAAGACAGUGAAACCUGGAAAUAAGAGUGCGACUCCAGAGCAGGGCUGCAUCAGUCACAGGUUCAUGCAGGGAACCAUUCUGGCUCUGGUCGUCGUCAUGGCCUUCAGUGUCAUCUCCAUGUCCGUACUCUAUGUGUUGACACUGCACCACAGAGGGGACGUCAGCGAGAAAGACGUGUCUGCAGAGGGAUCAUCUAGGAUGGCAUCUGCUCCUCGAUCCACCAUCUCCACGCGUCAAGAUACAGUCCCACCCUCUCCUUCACUGGCCAAUCCUGCAGCUUGCUGUCCACCUACAACUGCCACAAACAACCAAUCAGCAACUACUCUUUCGCCAAGCACCAACCAGUCAACACUGGAAGUAAGUAGUCCAGUCCCUACACUGCGCAGCAUCAACAAGAAGGCCAAGUCCAGGCCUAUGGACAAGGACGGACGCUACCGGAACCGUCUCAGCCACACCUCCGCUCCCAUCUACCUGUCCAAGGCUAAGAAACCUGCCCCUGCACAGGACCUGGGGGUGUAG